AUGGCCAUGACCCUAGGCAAGGAUGUAUCAGCGCUCUUCCCUGAUGUCCUCAAAAACAUAGCUACCGCCGACCUGGACCAGAAGAAACUCGUAUAUUUAUAUUUAAUGAAUUAUGCCAAAUCCCACCCCGACCUCUGCAUUCUUGCUGUUAAUACCUUUGUUCAAGACUCUGAAGAUCCAAACCCUCUUAUACGAGCGCUAGCUAUAAGGACAAUGGGCUGUAUCAGGGUGGAUAAAAUGGUGGAUUAUAUGGAGGAACCCCUACGUAAAACGUUACGGGAUGAAUCGCCCUAUGUACGGAAAACCGCCGCUAUCUGCGUUGCCAAACUUUUCGACCUCAAUCCCACACUAUGCUUAGAAAACGGUUUUCUAGAAUCCUUACAGGAAAUGAUAGGGGAUCCGAAUCCGAUGGUCGUGGCAAAUUCAGUUACCGCGCUGGCGGAAAUUAAUGAGACGGCUCCGGAAACCAAAGCGCUUCAAAUAACACCAAAUACCCUUCGAAAGAUGCUGAUGGCGCUAAACGAAUGUACGGAAUGGGGUCGGGUUUCGGUCCUCACAAGCUUAUCGAAUUACAGAAGCUCUGACCUAAAGGAGUCAGAAAGUAUCUGCGAACGUGUUGUUCCUCAAUUUCAACAUAUCAAUGCCGGUGUGGUUCUUGCUGCGGUGAAAGUCGUGUUUCUGCACAUGAAGAAUAUCAACCCAGAAACCGCUAAAUCGUACCUUAAAAAGAUGGCACCGCCAUUAGUGUCUGCUGCUCCCGAAGUCCAAUACGUUGCUUUGAGGAACAUCGACCUUCUUCUCCAAGCCCAACCGAAUAUCUUAGACAAGGAGCUCCGAGUUUUCUUCUGCAAAUACAAUGACCCCCCAUAUGUCAAAUUUCAAAAAUUGGAAAUUAUGGUCCGAAUCGCCAAUGAACGGAACGUUGAUCAACUCCUCGCAGAACUGAAAGAGUAUGCUCUGGAAGUAGAUAUGGAUUUUGUACGCCGAGCAGUAAAAGCAAUUGGACAAACGGCUAUCAAAAUUGAAACCGCUACCGAAAAAUGUGUCACGACGCUACUCGAUCUUAUCAACACCAAGGUGAAUUAUGUCGUCCAGGAAGCCAUCGUGGUCAUCAAAGAUAUAUUCCGAAAGUAUCCAGGCUACGAAGGCAUCAUACCUACUCUUUGUCAAUGUAUUGAUGAACUAGAUGAACCGAAUGCCAGAGGAUCAUUGAUCUGGAUCGUGGGAGAGUAUGCUGAAAAGAUUAGCAAUGCGGGUGACAUUUUGGCUGGUUUUGUAGAAGGAUUCAAUGAAGAGUUCACCCAGACUCAAUUACAAAUAUUGACAGCCGUUGUGAAAUUGUUCUUGAAACGCCCGGAAAAAGCACAGGGACUGGUGCAAAAAGUAUUACAGGCAGCGACGGCGGAGAAUGACAACCCUGACAUCCGUGACCGGGCAUAUGCUUAUUGGCGACUACUAUCCAACACCACAGAUUCGAAUGCGGCGAAGAAUGUUGUGUUAUCCGAAAAACCUCCUAUUGUCACUACAAUUCAGUCCCUUCCACCAAAUCUUCUUGAACAAUUGCUUCACGAACUGUCGACUUUAGCCUCUGUCUACCAUAAGCCACCAGAACAGUUUGUUGGACAGGGUAAAUUUGGCGCCGAUGCUGUACAGAAAGCCGCUAUUGAGGAACAACUACAAAAUGCCCGCGAGAAUCCGCUGGCGGCAGCUGCAGCCGCAGCAGUCACCGGAUCUACUGCGGCUCCCAUCCAAAACAAUGUUGAGAAUCUCCUUGACAUCGAUUUUGAUGGUACGGCACCCGCUUCGACGCAAAAGGAGCCUCCAUCGGGAAUGUCUGGGCUUGAAGGACUAGCGGGAACACCAAUGAGGGUGGAAUCUCCCACCGGAGGUGCGCCCCAACAACCUAACUCGAACAUAGAAGAUUUGAUGGGCGUGUUUGGCAGUGGGCCAGCAACAAAUGACGGUGGGUUCGGUGGAGGUACGGCCAGUUCUGGAGGCGCGGACUUGAUGAAUGGGUUUGCUGGGUUGGAUAUAUCCGGCUCGUCAACCUCUCCUGCAACGACGGUCAAUUCCCGAGGUCUAGAUCAUAUUCCAGUGGCCUACCGUCAAUUGAUCUCCAUGUCAUCGCCAGAGACAGACCACACCGCCGUCCCCCAUACCCCAUCCCCUGAUCUCCAGCCUUCCGCCCCACCCUCACAAUCACCACCACCGCAACGCCAACAACACCAACAACCGCACAGUCCACCACGCCCAUCUCCCUCCGCAUCAUCCUACUUCACCUUCCCAGUCACACAUGUCGUCUCCGGCCUCUACCGCCGUCUAACCGAACCUCCCCCCGAACCCUCCUCCCCCAAAAUCCCCGCCCGCGUCGCGACAGAGCCCAUGAAUGCCUCGGACAUCAUAUUCUCCCCGCGCCGCACGGCCUCGCCCUUCCAGCCACCGCCACUCACGCCGCUGACGCUGAGAGCCUCGCCGCCACCGUCGAGCCAGCUCCUAACGCGCGCGCUGGCGGAGGAGAUACGCCUGCUUGUGCCGCCGCGGUUGCAGUUGGUGGAUACGUGGGUGCUGGCGUAUAGCUUGGAUCGGGACGGGUCGAGUCUGUCGACGUUGUUUGAAAAGGGUGCGGAGUGUGCGGCGAGAAGUCAGAGGGCGGGGUAUGUGCUUGUUGUGAAGAAUGUUUCUUCCGCCGGGGAUGGUGGAGGCGCGGGCGGAGGCGGCGGCGGAGGAGGAGGAGGAGGAGGAGGAAUAGGGGGCGGGAAUGGCUCGUUAUUUGGAGCGUAUUUGACGGAUCCUCCGCGGCCGACCUCGCAUUAUUAUGGCACUGGGGAAUGCUUCUUGUGGAGGGCGAGCACGCUUGCGUCCACGCCGUUGUUGCUGGGUGGGCGAGGCGCUCAGCUGGAGAGGCCUGACGGGCAGGCGAGGUUGGAGCUGGCGGGCCUCCCUCCGCCGCCAAGUACAGAUACGACGAAUCUACGGGGUAGGAGUACAACAUUUAAAGGUGAGGAAAGGCUUCAAGGGGACUCUUCAAGUCAUGUCCGCGAAGGUCAACAAGAGGGUGGUGCCGAUCCGCUUCAGCUUCCCCUUCCUGAGCAGAAUCCCGAGCUUGGGGAAUCAGCAGCCGCUGGUCGAGAUUCCGAUGCAGAAGGCCCUGUUGCUAACAGCAGAAAUGGCUUUCUAGGCGACUCGAGGAGCGGGACCAGCACCCCCGAUCGAAUACGUUUCAAGGCAUUCCCGUACAGCGGCGUGAACGAUUACAUGAUAUUUUGCGAAACUGGAUUUUUGAGCGUUGGCGGAGGGUAA